CGCACCGCAAAGAUGGAGGCCAGGCAGGCCUUCGAAGUUCAAAUUUCGUGUUUGUUUCCAGAAAUUCUUACGAUUAUAUUUAGUUACCUUGAUGUUAGAGACAAGGGUAGAGUGGCACAGGUAUGUGUGAAGUGGCGUGACGCUGCUUAUAACCGGAGUGUUUGGCGUAAUGUGGACGCAAAACUACAUUUGCGGCGUGCAAACCCGUCUUUGUUUCCAAGUCUCGUCCAGCGGGGAAUUCGCCGCAUUCAGAUUCUAAGUUUGCGACGAAGUCUUCGUGAUGUAAUCAUAGGUAUUCCUAACGUCGAGAGUCUGAAUCUGAGUGGAUGCUUUAAUAUAACGGAUGCAGGUUUGAGUCAAGCUUUUUCACAGUAUCUUCCUGCUCUGACUGUUCUUGAUCUCAGUUUGUGCAAGCAAGUUAAAGACGAAGGUCUCGGUCGCAUUGCACAGCACCUUAAAAAUUUAGAGAUACUCGAGUUGGGCGGAUGCUCAAACAUAUCAAACACGGGUGUGCUUCUUAUUGCAGUUGGACUACGAAGACUAAAACGAUUAAAUCUGAGGAGUUGUAGACUUGUUUCAGACCAAGGAAUAGGUUAUUUAGCUGGUCAGCAUCCACAGACCACAUGUGGGAAUCCUGAUCUAGAACAUUUAGGACUGCAAGAUUGUCAGAAGUUAACAGACCAAGCACUUAAGCAUGUCAGUGUAGGCCUUUGUGCAUUGAAAACAGUGAAUCUGAGUUUUUGCGCUAGUGUAACAGACACAGGGAUAAAGUUUCUGUCAAAAAUGGGCAGUCUGCGGGAACUGAAUCUACGCAGUUGUGACAAUAUCAGUGACAUUGGACUUGGCUAUCUUUCAGAAGGUUGCACAAGUUUAACAGCCCUUGAUGUGAGUUUCUGUGACAAAGUUGGUGACCAAGGACUAGCUUUUCUUUCCCAAGGGCUUUUCAGUCUUCGCAGUCUAAGCCUGAAUGCUUGUAACAUUAGUGAUGAGGGAAUUCAACGACUCGCAAAUACCCUUCAUGACCUUACUACAUUGAACAUUGGCCAGUGCUCACGUAUUUCCGAUAAGUCACUUGGUCUUAUUGCUGACCGACUUCGACACCUUACUUCAAUCGACCUCUAUGGAUGCACACAGAUCACUACAGUUGGACUAGAGAAAAUUAUGCAACUACCAAGCCUAUCAACGCUGAAUCUUGGUCUCUGGCACAAAAGGAGUUGCCCUUUACACUCUCUGCUGUUCUGUAUUUGCCAAUGAAAGAACAUCUAUUCCAGAUCACCUAUAACUCCAUCCAUUCCAGUUUCUCCCUUCUUUAAGUGAAAUAACUAUAUGCUCAAUACAUUAAUAUUUUAAUUUAAAAUAUAGAAUGAAAGACUUAUUCUGCUUCUUGGACCUGUUCUGAUGUUAAUGAAGCACUUUCUAAAAAGGAGUGCAAUGGAGGGUUGAAGUUUAUGGUGCAUGAUUAAUCUAAUCUGCACUGUCAGUCUUGCCACUUUCUUGUUAUUAAUAUAAUGAUAUUCAGUUAUACCUUUGCUACAUGCAGCGAAAUGGUGCUUGUACAGAUUAGAAAUCAUGUUUGAGUAAUUUUCAUGCACGGUCACAUCGAUCUGAUCUUGAUUGCCUUAUUAUCAGAAGUAUGCAUGUCUUUGUUGUGCUGUCAUUAUAAACCCUGAACUAUCCAUUUUCAGCUAUGUGGUAUCUGUUCAGAGUCUAGUCAGGUACGAUAAUUUUUUUUUGCACAUUUAAUGCAAAUAGUUUCAUAGUUUCGUCAAGGAAGUUUAGCCAAUGAAAGGGCCCAUUUUCAUUACUUAAAAAGCUUUUAACAUUUUCCUUUCUUCAAAUCAAUCUUUGUGGAAGAGACAUACCAGAUGAAACUUUACAUUUUAGGGGUUUGUCUGCAUUUGUAUGCAUAAACACCUUCUGUAGGGUUAUGAUUGUGGAUAUCAGUUCUUUUCUAAUAUUAUACUUUAUUUUUAUUAUUAAGCAAAUAAAGAAAACAGGUGCCUUAGUAAAGCCUGAAGAAAAUGUCAGUGAGUACAAAGAAAUCUUUUGAUAACAUUAGGCUCACACGAUCAUGUUAUGUACACUUGACUAUAUUUCUUGUUAAACUCAAAAAUGUUAGCAGUUACAUUAUCACUUUGACAUAAUACUAAUAAAGGAGGGAUGUGGGGAGGAUAUGUUACCUGUAAAAGGGAUGCAGAAAGGAUAAUGUGCUUAUAAGUGUAGCACUACAGAUUUAGGCAUGUAUGUGUGCAGGGUGUGGGUGGGUGGGCAUUGCAUCUUGGGUAACUUCAUUAGAGACAGGAAUUGCUGUAGCUGCUAGUCAGAUUAAUAAUGUCUACUAGAGUAGAUAGCUAGGCUAAAGGUGUUGAAAACACCCUUCGUGUCCUAUUUUUGAACUCAGGAAAUAAUAUUAUGCAUGGAAUUCUAGUAAAUCUCCCUUGUUAACACAGAAGUCAGAUGUAGUUUGUAUAGUUAUGCUAAUGUGCACACACCUGCAAACGCACAUGCACGCACACAGACACCCACCUCAAGUGUUGCUCUGAAUUAUAGUAAUUUAAUGUCCUUGUUUUUCAUGCUGAAGGGGUUUUUUGGGGGAACAUUUGCAAGAGGGGUUAGCUAGGUUUAGGAAUUCAAAGCUGCUUAACAGGUCAGCCAGUCAACACCAAGAAAGCAUGCAAGCACACCUGUAUCAGAUGAAAGUAGGUCAGUGACAGUCUUCACUUAUCUCUUUUUUUGUGGAUUUAUCGGACUGAAGUUAAUUAACUGAAAAAUAGCACCCGAGUGGAAUGUGUUGUAUUUCCAGGUGUACAAGUUUAACUAUUUAUGGCAAGUUCUUCAUGCACAAAAGGGUUCAGUUACUGACUGUAUCACUAUCAGUUUCUGUCUUGAUUUGUGUUUAUGUAAUGUGCCCAUGUUGAAGAAGGGAAAGAAAAUAUUUACAGUGAUUUGGUACUGAUGGAUGAAUGUAAUAAGGCAGUCAGAUUUAGGAAGAAAUUUUAAAGGAAGCUUGAAACAGAUCUGUUUGUUGAAUGGAUUGUAUUUUUUAGUAAUUUGUAUUGCAGCUUUUUUUAAAAAAAAGAUAGUAACAUUAAAUAAAUUGAACAGUGAACCAUCAAUUCCAUGACAAAAGGCAACCAUAGUAAACACAGAGCAUUUAAAUUGUUUGUUAAUUAGUAUUUGGUUCCCUUUAUUUUUAUAUUGUUUAAGAGCUUGGUUUUACGAACAUGCAUGUACACUCUCUGCUUCCACAAGUUGCAGUCAACGAUUAUGCAUGAUGACUUAGUUGGGAGGGAAGUAACAUGUUUUUGUGUUGUUAUUGCAUACUAUGCUGUGCUUGUUUUCAUCCUCAUUCCAUUUUACACACUUUACCGAAGUGGAAAUUGAAAGACAACAUUUUCUUCUAUGUUGCAUUUCCAACCAUAAAGUACUUUGCAUAAAGAAGUCUUCCUUUUUUUCUCUUUGUUAACUUACUACAUGAUGCUGAACUUAAAGGGUUGGCCUUCUGCUGUACAGCAUUCAAACUUGUGAAAUGUGGGAAAGUCUCUAAAUUCUUAACCUACCAUAGAGUGAGAUGAAGGCUGUGGGGAGGGGAGGGACGAAUACAUACAACUUAUUUUCAAGAAAAGUUAGUUUUAUAGCAUUUUACAUGAAGUCUUAACAAUGGUCUAAUGUAACUUUUAAUAUCACGGGCUCCCUCAAAAAGUAAAACAAGAAUUUUGUUUUUAAAUCAGUAUUUUACUCUGUGCCAGCAGCUAAGGAUAUAUUAUGGCAAAACAGCCUUCAUUGUCACAUACAAAUACUUCAGAGACAGAGAAACAGCAUUCCCAAGAUGAGAUGUGAGAUCAUUAUGCCUGAUAUCACUGUUUUGGUGAGCACCUCAUUUAAUAUUGCUCCACCAGACUGCCCUCACCAUUUUAGAAGACUAAAUCCAAAAGACUUUUUUUUUCAAACAGCAAGACACUGGCUACUUGCAUUAUUAGACAUUAGUAUCCAAUUAUGUUGAGUCAGGGGCUUUUGCAAUGAACAAAAUAAUUGACCCUCCAUUUCAACAUUUUGAAUAGAUUUUUAAUUUUCUCCCCUAUUUUCUCACUUUAUGUCUCUUUUACUCUUUUAUUUCUAAAUUUUGUAUCUUUAAUCUGAUUAACAUUAAUUUGGGGCAAGACAGCUUUCAGCACUUUGUGAAAUGCAUUAUAUGAUAGCAGCUUUUGUUAAUUAUUGUAUUAAGUAGAAAACAGCAUUGACUUGAAAGCUGAUAACUGAUACUUAUCUCUUAGGAAACAUGUGCCAUUUGAGCAACCGUCUUUUUUUUAAGUGAGUUCCUUAAGACAAUGAUGACUUUAAAAAAUUUUAGUUAGUAUUUGCUUAUGUGGACCAUCUGAUGUACCAUUAAAUGCUGCUUUAUAUCAUUAAAUGUUCUGUAUAACAGUCAUUUCGUAGAAGGGCAGAAAGACAAAAAUAUCACAAAAAAUGAGAAAUUAAUUACAUCUUAACAAGCAAGGAACUGUAAUUUGUACAGGCUUAAUAUCCAAAUAAAAUAGAUUAUUAAGACAGUGAAGUUAAAGAUUUUUAAUGCCUCUACAACUCUUUGAUAAUGCCUCACAAAGAUAACCAUUAUGUUGUUAUAAUGCUCAAUAGUUCACAAAAAUCUUAUUAUGUACAGUUUUGCCAAAGUUGUAGUUUGGUCAACAACCUGUCUCAAAGAUUUUCAGUGGUUUUCAAAAGAAUCUUUUAUACAUGAGAUUGAGGCCUACAUCUUUCAUUGGAAUGGUGAUGGGCUGGGAAGAGAUCUUUUUUAAACUACAGUGCCUUUGUUUGCUCUGUGCACAGAAUGCAAGGAGAAUAGCUGUAUUUUGGAAUUAAAAAUAUCUGCACGGUAAAGAAAUGAACUUACGUAUAUGAAUGAAAUGUGACACAGCAAGUGGACCCUUUUUCACUACAUGUCAUACUGUUAACAAGCUACUAUUCAUUUUAAAGGUGACGAUAAACCAAGCUUAUGCAAAUAAGUCAUACUUAAUGUGUGACUUCAAUUUUUUUAAUAUCUGAAAAAAGUUUGCCUAAUGGAAAUAAUAAUAUUGUAGACAAAAUAGAAAAUCAAUUGAAAACUUAUGAUUUUUAUUAGGAGAUAAGGGGGAAAGAAACCAGCGUUCCACCAUGCAAGAAAGAAGAAUUCAUAGGAAGUGCAUGAAUAAUAAAUUGUAAAACAGUUUUACACCAACAGUAAAUGAAUUAAGAAAGUUAACCAAUCAAAAUAGAAAACAGUGUCACAUAACAGAGAAACAGGAUUUCUAUUAAAAAAAUUUUAAUUAUUAAGUGAAAGUUACAAGGUUUUUAUUUCUGUUCUUGUAAAACUGAAUCAGAUGAUACUGAGCAAGACAAUCAUAAGAUAAUGAGCAUGAUAAAAAGGCUAUCCUGACAUUGUAAGUGAGUACUGCUCCCAGCACACCUGCUCACUGUACUUGUAGUCUGGUGGGUCAUACAAUUAGAUUGUAAAGUUACAUAUUGCUACAGAGCCAGUCAAUAUGCAUUAUUUCUAAACAGUUGUAUAACAGCAAAACUGGAUAGUGGUACAUGCAUAUUAAAAUUGUAUUUAUAUGGUUUUAGGAUUUGUAGCCUUCUGGUGGGUAAUAGUACACUCUAUUUUUCUUUUAUUAUUUGUAUCAUUAGUAUGAACUGUUUGUAGCUAUUGUGAUUGAUGCCUGAUUUUCAGAAGUAUAUUGAAGCAUAACAAUGUUAAUGGUAUCAGUUUAGUGUACUGAUGAAAUGCUGAAUAUAAGAACACAUCAUACUCUAACGUCUGUAAAGCUUGUUGACUACCUUGCUGCUGUUCUGAAUCUUUUUUCGCUUUAAGAUAUUCUUGUUCUGUUGCUCUCAGAUUUGCUAAGUUUUUGGACUUGAAAAGAGAAUUAUUAAUUUUCAAACCACUGAUCACUCAGUCAUUCAUUUCCAAAUGUUGCUAUUAAAAUCAUGAAAUUAA